AUGCCUAAAGAAAUCACUUUCAACCACACAAAUGUGACAUUAACAAGAAAUAUCUCAGCAAUAAUAUGUGAUGAGAGGUAAGUUAUCAGAACAGCCGAUUCUUGUCGCAGAAGACCCAUAAUAACCAGCAGCACAUAUUAGGAGGGUUGGGGGGGGGGGGAUUGAAACUUACACCCCUUAAUUGGCGUUCGAAAAUUAUCAAAAGUCGGUCCCAGUUUUCUUUGAAACCCCGCUAUAUAAGAGUUAUUUAAGUUACACGCCAAAAAUGUUUGUUUUAGAGAACAUGAAAGUUUGUCCCCCAAAUCGUCCCACACUCCCGCCAUGUCAAUAUACGCCUUUUGGACUGGGUAGCGAUUGUUUUAAUCUGUAUCUCAACAUCUAUACAAAUUGUCAGAUUCGUGCAGGGUGAGAAAUUUGCAUUUGGUGACUGCUACUUAGAUGUUCAUUACAUUUUUAACCCUUAUAACUGGCAGAGAUCUCUGAGCCUCUACGCAACCCUUGUCAUCAAUUAACUUGAUUCUUUCUCAACCUAAUACGUGGCUAAUUUCUUGAUUUAGACACAUAUUUCAAAUAGAUGCAAAUGAAUCUAUGGAAAAUGUAGAAGCUUUUCUCGCUGAAAUCACAGAAGACCAUCGGUGCCCUGACAGUUUCCAUACUUGGGAGCUUAUUAUGCUCAUAUCGUUUAUGGUGUUGGGUGUAUUAUUCAAUGGCUUUAUCUUGAUGGCAUUUAUUCGCUUCCCAAAGUUACGAAAUUUUACCAAUUAUUUUGUGGCAAGUCUGGCGCUGGCUGACAUGCUUAUGGUCAUUCUCAGUCCAGUUCUCUUUAUUUUACUGUUCCUUGAAAAAAUCGAAUUCAAAAUAGGCGAAGAAGUUCGUUUUAACUCCAAGUUAUUUUGUUCAUUGGCAUCCAUGCUCAGUUUCGCUUGCAUUAGUGUCGACAGAAUGUUGGCGAUUGCAAAACCACUGUAUCAUCGUACUUUGUCGCUAUCACGUUGUACAAAAGUCAUCGCCUCUAUUUGGCUCUUCUCUAUUAUAGGGACUGCAUUUGACUACAUCAUAAGUGAUGUUGUGGACAUUUUUAUCAUAACCUGUUUGAACUUUUGCGCUGCGUUUCUCAUUCCAACAGUAAUCACUAUCAUUUCAUACGCUAUCAUUGCAAAAGUUGUCCUUGGUAGACGAAAAGAUGAUCUUCAGGCAGCAGAUCAUGACGGGAACAAUUGGAGACACACUCUCAGAAUAACAUGGAAAAUUUUGCUG